AGAGCAGCCGCGCCACACACACAUCCAGUCCACAUUUCCAGAGGAGCGCGACUCUCCGACAGUCUCCAGUCGAGCUCUGGUAACCGGACAAGCGGAGCAGGACACGUCCCGCUGCCCGGGACACGCCGAUCAGAACUGACCCGCCGGGACCCGCUGUGCUCUCUGCUCCCCGGGACGUCACCUCUCACACACACACACACACACACACACAAACACACACAAAUAGCUCAUAUAGGAUACAAGUUAUUUUUACAGCAGCACCACCGGAGAUCCUGGAUGAUGGGUUCAGUCCCGGCGAUAUCUGUCCUCGUCCUGGGCAUCGUGGUUCCAGCGCUGUCCGGCUACAUCGAGGCACUAGCAGCCAAUGCGGGCACAGGGUUUGCCGUGGCUGAGCCGCAGGUGGCGAUGUUCUGCGGAAAGCUCAACAUGCACGUCAACAUUCAGACCGGCCGCUGGGAGCCCGACCCGUCCGGAGCCAAGAGCUGCGUAGGAACUAAAGAGGGUGUGCUGCAGUACUGCCAGGAGAUGUAUCCCGAGCUCCAAAUCACAAACGUGGUGGAGGCCAACCAGCCAAUUCGUAUUGAGAACUGGUGCAAGAAGGAGAAGGAAGUGUGCAAAGGCCACGCCCACAUCGUGGUGCCUUAUAAAUGCUUAGUGGGCGAGUUCGUGAGCGACGUGCUUCUGGUGCCAGAGAAGUGCAAGUUCUUCCACAAGGAGCGUAUGGACAUGUGCGUCAGCCACCAGCAGUGGCACGGCGUUGCCAAAGAGGCCUGUGCCAAGAGCUCCAUGGUGCUGCACAGCUACGACAUUAUGUUGCCCUGUGGCAUCGACAAGUUCAAGGGCACGGAGUACGUGUGCUGCCCCUCCUACCGCAUCGCAGAGUCCGCCCCGCCCUCCCUGCCCUCCCAGGAGGACGACGACGACGACGACGACGACGAGGAGGAGGAGGUAGAGGAUGAGGAGAUUGACGAGGCCGACCUGGACGAGGAGGAUGCCGUAGAGGACAGUGAAACGGCGCCCGACGAGCAGCCCACACAAAAGGAGGAGCCACUGGACGGGGACGAAGACGGGGAGGAGGAGGAGGAGGAUGAGGAGGAGUACCACUACGUCUACGAGGACGAGGAGGUGGACAGGGAGGACGAGGAUGAGAAGAAGGACGGCAGUAAAAUGUCAGAGAGCCAAGAUGAGGACAAGACUCUGCAGGAAGUGAAAGCGGUGUGCACCCUGGAGGCUGAGACCGGCCCCUGCCGCGCCUCCAUGCCCCGCUGGCACUUCGACAUGGGCCAGGGGAAGUGUGCGCGCUUCAUAUACGGGGGCUGUGCCGGCAACCGCAACAAUUUCGACUCAGAGGAGUACUGCAUGGCCGUGUGCAAGCGCCUGACCGUGCCCCCGACCCCUCAGCCCACCGACGAUGUGGACAUCUACUUUGAGACCCCGGCCGACGACAAGGAGCACAGUCGCUUCCAGAGGGCCAAGGAGCAGCUGGAGAUCAGGCACCGCAAUCGCAUGGAGAGGGUAAGAAAGGAAUGGGAAGAGGCUGAUCGCCAGGCUAAGAACCUGCCCAAGGCUGAGAGGCAGACACUGAUCCAGCACUUCCAAGCCAUGGUGGAGUCCCUGGAGGAGGAGGCAGCCAGUGAGAAGCAGCAGCUGGUGGAGACUCACCUCGCCCGGGUGGAGGCCAUGCUGAAUGACCGGCGCCGUCUGGCCCUGGAGAACUACCUGGCUGCACUGCAGGCCGACCCCCCCAGGCCUCACCGCAUCCUACAGGCCCUGAGACGGUACGUCCGUGCGGAGAACAAGGACCGCCAGCACACCAUCCGACACUACCAGCAUGUCCUGGCUGUGGAUCCAGAGAAGGCAGCUCAGAUGAAGUCGCAGGUGAUGACCCACCUGCGUGUGAUCGAGGAGAGGAUGAAUCAGAGUCUGUCUCUGCUCUACAAAGUACCUUACGUGGCCGAGGAGAUUCAGGAUGAAAUUGACGAGCUACUCCAGGAGCAGAAAGCUGACAUGGACCAGUUCCUGUCGUCAAUCUCUGAAUCACAGCCGGAUGUCACCGUGUCGUCGGAGGAGAGCGUGGAGGUCCCCAUGUCCGAGGGCAAACCCUACCGGCCCUUCCAGGUCACAUCCUUGGGGUCCCGCCCAGAGCCUGAGGGCGAUCUAUCAGACUCCCCACGUGCCUUCAAGAAAGGCUCCGCCAUGUCUGGUUUGGACGGUCUGAUCGGCGCUGAGGAGAGAAUCAUCAACAGCAAACCCAAGAUCGGCACCAACGUGGUGAUUGAUGAGUCUCUGGAUGUUAAAGAAGUGGUUUACAGUGCAGAGAGAGUCAGCGUUAUGCAUGAUGAUGAGCUGGAGUCCUACCGCCCCCUGGGAGAGGAUUUCAGCUUCGGGAGCAGUGCACUGAUUGGCUUGCUGGUGAUCGCGGUGGCCAUAGCAACUGUGAUUGUGAUCAGUCUGGUGCUUUUGAGGAAGAGGCAAUACGGCACCAUCAGUCACGGCAUCGUGGAGGUUGACCCCAUGCUGACACCAGAGGAGCGUCACCUCAACAAGAUGCAGAACCAUGGCUACGAAAACCCCACCUACAAAUAUCUGGAGCAGAUGCAGAUCUAAACCAGAGCCACAAGGGGGCGCAGUGGAGUCUGACAGAACUGCAACCUAGGGGGAACAUACUACUGACCAAUAACACAUGAUGCUAUUGUUACAAUUCUUUGCAUACAUCCAAACUCCAUUUACUGGUUUGUUCAAAACAAUCCAUAAUAAUGCUACUACUUCUACUACUGCUACUAUUGUACUAUAGAGCUCUUUUUGAUCAUGUUUCUUUUUUGAAAAGGUGAUGUAUCUGCCAUUUUGCAUUUCAGAAAAUGUGAUUCUGCAGAUUUCUCUGUAAUUAUCAAGACAACUAUCUCAGAUCAAGAUGUAUAACAUUUCUUCAGACAUUUUCUUUAUUUUUUAAAGUGAAAGGCGAAUCAAGCGAAAUCUUUAACAUUUUUGAGUAGCCGUCAUCAAACCGCCAUGGCAGACUGUAAACUUUUUCGUUUUCCACCACGCAAGUGUCAUCCAAGCAGUUUCUGAUGGUUUUCCUCGAAAAAUAAAUUGGUGUUUUAUUUUGUUAUUCUUCCUCUCAAUAGAUUGCUUGUAUAUGAAGGUUCUUUGUACCAAUUAAAAUGUAUAGUGAAACAACAAAUGAGAAAAAAAGGAAAUCAUGAAUCAUUUACUUUCUGUUCUUUGUUACGAUAACAGACAAAAUAUACAUAUACAGUUUAAAUAUAUAUAUAUAUAUAUCUAUAUAUAUAUAGAUAUAUAUAUAUCUAUAUAUAUAUAGAUAUAUAUAUAUACAUAUAUGAGAGUAGAUGUUUUUAUUCCACCUUUUUUUCCCCCAGGGAAGAGGUUAUGAGUUUGUUUAGGGUUCUUAUCUCAGUGGUCAUGAGAUGUGUUUGCAGGCACACUGUAUGAGAGAGUCGGCGGAGGUAAAGGUGUGCACAGGCCCCCAGCUCAACACAUCACACAGAACCUGCUCUGGACCCUUACAAAGUGAAUGUGAUUAUACAGUAUAUCCCAUGCUACACACACACACACCACCUUAUAUUAAUAGGGAAACGGUAUAAAUCAAUAGAUUAAGAAAAUACCAUGUGUUACAUAGUGAAUGUACUGUGGAAGCUUUUUUUUCCGUACUAUGUAUCUGACAGGCUCCCUUGAUUUCAGUGCAGUAUCACAUACUGUGACAGUGUGCGGUGGUGCAUUUUUGUGUGUGUGUGCAAAUCAUCUAAAGUAAAACCCGAUCACUAGAAAAGCUAGUCACAAAAAAAAAAUGUGUGAAUGGUGUACGCACGUUUUUUGGAGCAACUGUUAGCUUUGCUGGUCAUCAAGCGUGAAACAGUCCGAUAAAUCAAAAACGGGGCCGGCCCAGACGCACAAACAGAAUGAGCAGCUGACCAGGGGGAACCCCGAAUGAAGUGGAAAUGUACAUUGUGUUGUAUUGAGGGCGCCUGUAGCUAAUAAAGGGUAUCUCAACAAUUUCUAAACGAGCAAAUUUGGGGAUUGUGAUAAAUUUCCCACUCAAGGUUUUGGGGUUUGGCUAUACCCAGGCGGGCUUGGGCCGGCCCUGGACCAAAGCCACCUGUAGGCGACUUGGAGCUGGAGGGCUGUGCAGGCAAACAGAGACACACAGAAAAGACAAGGCUUGGAGAGCCGGUUUCUAGACAGAAAGAAAAAGAAAGAUAACUUGUGCAUAUUUACAGGAAGAGAAUGACACAAACGAGUAAAGUGAAUCCUAGAGUCCUCUUCUCUCUCUCUCUCUCUCUCUCUCUUAGUAUUGUCUUUGUAUGCCUGUAUAGUUGAUGUUGCAAUCAUGGCUUUUUUUCUGGAGGAUUACCUGUGGUGUGCAUUGUUCUUAUAUGAAAUGAUAUGAUAUAUAUUUUUAAGUUUGUUUUCUUGUUCACUAUAUUCUUUUCCUCUUCCUGUGACAGUAUCUCUGUAUGUGACUGUCUCACUAUGCACCCAAACUGGCUUCAAUCUUGUAACUGCUUGCUUGAUUGUGGGAGGGGGACCGGGACCUAAUAUAAUAUAAAUACUAGUGAUUUCUUUUUUUUUAAGAAAAUGAUUGACACCAAUGGAAACAGAUUCAUGGUUACAGGGGGGGGUAAAAACAUCAAUAAAGUCACAACUUCCAUA